AUAGUAGGUGUUGAUGUACGUUGCUAACUCAGACUUAGUAUAAUCACAAUGUUAGUGUCAUUGUAGCGAAAUAACUAGCAGUUCGGUCAGGCUGCAAAAGACGUAACGUACGUCACACACUCCGUUGCUCUGAUUGGUCGUAGGUCUAUCCAAUUGAGUGCAGAGGCAUUUUUCGGUUGAGACACGCCUCAUAAUUAUAGCUCAAUGGAGCGGUAUCAGACUCAAAUUCUGACUAGAAUUGAGUAUGACAACGUCAGGCUAGGAAACGGGAGUACCCAGAGUAAACCCACACUGACACAGGGAGAACAUGCAAACUCCAGACAGAAAGGCCACCUGACCUAGCCGGGUCUCGAACCGAGAUCUUCUUGCUGUGAGGCAACAGUGCUACCCACUGUGCCACCCCCUAUGCCGUCCUAAACCAGGUUUAAUAUUUUCAUUUGCAUAUUUGCGGGGUCAACAUUCAUGAUUGGAUAAAAACUGAUGUCAAACUGACUGUAUUAAAAUAGCGCACUGCUGCUUUCAAUAAUCGCUUGUUCGCGCCUUCACAUCUGUGACAAAACAGGUCGUAAUGUAAAUCUUUCUUGGCUUUUUACUCCAAUUCGGGUGUUUUCAGUACACAGAGGGUGAUAUGAAGUGCGUGCCCUUCAGUUCUGAUUGGCUGCUAAGGAUCGAACAUUCUAACCCUGCUUCAUUUCACACUGCAUGCAUUUAGCACCAAAUUGCUUUGGAGCAGGGUUUUAUAACCUUAGGUUAAUUUCAGGGAUAUCCCAGCUUCUAAAUUACGAGUGUGAAACGCUGCUUAACCCAGGGUUAAACGCGAGGUUUAGAACGAAGGUUACCCAGGGUUAAGUGCAGGUGUGAAAAGCCUAUUUGUUACUGCUGAACUGAGUAGGCCCGUCCACAGAGAAAUCCCAUUGGUCUGAAAUCCUGCACCACUACAAUAAACAUCAAAUUUCUUUGUUUAUUAUUGUCAAUUUUGCAUCCGAAGCAGACAGACAAGUUGCUUGUCACUGAGACUGAUUGCAUCCCGCCAGGUUAGGACAGCGUGUAUGAUGUUUUUUAGCAUCUUUAAUCCAAACCUUCAAGCUCACAGUAUCUCAGAUUUGCUGGGAAGUAAACACAGUGGGAGAACAGGUACAUUUUUUUUAGGAGAUAAAGUGGACAUUUUGACAUUCAAGGAAAAGAGAUGCUCAUGCUGGAUGGUGGGUGUCAUGAGGGAUGAGGUUCAGGCCAAGGUUAGAACCAGGAAAUGAACUUUGUCUGUAGGGAUUUGUUGCACACACACACUGAACUAGUGCUUCUCUCGUUCAUCUCUAACAGGCUCAGUUGAAGCCAUUUGUGUUAUAUUUUCAAGGCCAUGUGUCCAAACUCUUUCAUUACGUAUCGAAGUCUUUAGAUACAUUUCACGGUUACACUGUCGGAGGCCCAGUGUGUCCUUAGACAAGAAGUUAUUUCAGGUGCUCAAGGCUACAGAAUAUGAUGUGCAGCGAGGGAAAUCCAGCUCAGUUUGGUUAAAGAUGCCUCAAGUGCUUCUUCAGUCAUAUAAAGGUUUUAUGAAAGGUUUCUCAGAGUGGGUUACAUUGCAUUUGUAAGGGUGUGUAGUGUAAACAGUGCUUUAAUUCUGGGAAAUGUGACCACAUUUGAAGUACUCGUGUAAAAUAUGUUCAGUAAAACAAAUCCGUGAUAUUUAGAUAAUGGAGGAAUCAUUCGAGCUCAUUCAAAAACAUUGUGAACAUUCUUCUGCCGUCUACAGAUAUAUUUUUUUUAUUUGUGUGUUAAUUUUUGACAUUUUGGCAAAAAUCUAACAUAAAUCAAAUGCAUCAAGUAAAUCACUCAUACAUACGGUUCUGAUUUCUCAUUCUUUUAUUUUUACCAGGUUAUAUAUUCGUUCCAUUACAUGCAAAGCAUGAAUUAGUUAUAUAUGUUUGAAGACAGAUGUCCUGUGAAGACACUAGAAGUGUGUAGGUGCGGGUAUUUGUGUGUGCUUGUACAGAGAGCGUAGCAUGUGACCAUUCAGACAAAGGUGUUUAGCAUGCAUGAAUCAUCCAGUGACUAGGUGCCAUAUUGAGUUUGUGUGUGUGUGUGUGUGUGUGUGUGUAUGCAUUAUUUGUGCAUGCUGCUUUAUCGCUCCCCUGCCUUCAUCUCUCCCUUCCCCCCUCCGUCUAGCACCUUAUCGCUCUCUCCAUCUAUCCAAAUUUGGAGAAGCUUUAUUGGCGUGACGGGGUUGGUCGGACAUGAACGUGUCUGUCAGGGCAGAACAGUGCAUUGCCAUGACGAUAUUCAUAUGAUAAUAAUGCCAGCAGACCAAACAGAUCGCCAGAUCCUCAGAGCAGAACGCCGUGUCCCUUUUCCUCCACAGAUUUACUCAUCAAAUAUGCUCCAUUCAGAGCGUAUUUGUGUUAUUCAUUUAUAAUUUCUCCCCCUCCCCUCAUUCUUCCUUUUCUCUCGCCUGUCUGUCUCUCUUCGCCAUGUUGGCAGGCCCCAAUCUACCAGCUGAUAUCAGCAUUCCUCGGCACUGUGCCAACUGGCAGCGAUGCAGAGAGACAGACAGAAAGAAAGAAAGAGAGACAGAAUGAAAGAAAACCAGUGAAGAACAGAGAAUGAAAGCAAUGAGGGAGAAAACAGAGAAAGAGUGGGGGUGCAUUAAAAAAGACAAAGUAAAAAUGGUGGGAGAAAGAAAGAGAAAAGAGGCAGUAUGACUAAUAUAAUGUGAUGUUCAAGGCUUUGCUGAUGUCAACUGGCUCUGUUUUUCACCAUAACGUCCAAGUCUUAUGUCACAGAUAUACACACAGUCACAAACACAUACAGUAAAAAGCAGCAUAAGCGUAGUGACACACAUCCACGCACGCAUACAACCUCGCAGAUGUUCAGCAGAUUGUCUUGCCAUAAUCAUCAAUGAAAUUCAUUUAUGAAAGAAGCAGGUGUGUAAGGAGACUGUUGGAGGUGAUCAGGCAGAUUGCCACCAUCAGAGUGCACCUCUCAGUCAAAAAAGUGAAGCAUGGCAUAGACACAUCACUGAAUAUGGAUUCUCCACCAGAGUGCAUGCUGGCUCUUUCCUGUGAACCCCCGCUGUCUCCUCCUUCCAUGCCCUCCUUGGAUCACAGUCCCCUAGGCCUACCCCAGAGUCCUCGGUCUAGCCCUCAUACUGAACUCUAUGGCCCUGUCUCACCCUGCCCCCUUCCUGGUGCCAGCCUCCGAGAUGAGGAGGAUGAGGAGUUGUCAGCACCUCCAUCACCCACCCCAGCAGUGGCGCUAUUUCCUGGUGAAAUGGAACUUGGCAGUCCCUCAUCAGAGAGCAGCCCUCCAGCCACACCAUCAGCAUCUUUCUCUGGCUUUGGAGCUCUGGAACAGGUCCUCUCCUCUGGGCAGAGUACCACCUGCAGUGAUGAAUUGGAUCUUCAACUUUUCAACAAUGAGGGGAUAGCUGUCCUAGGAGCGACAAACCCUGGGCCUGCCCUCAAGUUUCCAUGCCACGUGUGUGGAAAGAGGUUCCGCUUCCAGAGUAUUCUGUCUUUGCAUGCUCGAGCUCACAGUUUGGAUAAGGACCGCCGGGCUUCAGCAAUCUACCGAACUGCACCUGGCAAACUGCAGCCAAACCACGUGAGUGGCAGUGUAAUCCAGAAUCUCAACAACAGAGAGUUUGGCCUGAAACAGAGUCCUCUAACUGGCUCGUUACAGAAGAAUAUGGAUGAAGACAUGGUUCCAGAGGAACCGCUUCAUACUGCUAGCAGCCCUCAGUUCCUCUUUGAAGGAACUACAGCUCUUACUCCACCUCUAACAGAGGAAGCACCAAUCUCAACUUCCUUCUCUCCACUUGGCCAUGGACACUUGGAAGAAAGCACUCCCUCCACAGCUGCUCCCGCCUUCCGGUGCCACGCCUGUAAGGGUAAGUUCCGUACUGCUUCAGAGCUGGCACGACACGUGAGAAUCCUCCACAACCCCUACAAAUGUACAAUGUGUCCCUUCUCAGCUAGUCAGGAGGAAAGACUGGCUGCCCAUCUGCAGGAGAGUCACCCACCUGAAGAUCCUGUGGCUGUUUUCCCACCUCCUCGCCCUGUAACAGAAUCCCCGGAAACCUCUUCCCCACAAUUGCCAGUUGUCCCAGCUUUCCGCUGUGAGACAUGUGGCCAGCGUUUCACUCAGUCAUGGUUUCUCAAGGGACAUAUGCGUAAGCACAAGGACUCAUUGGACCACAAGUGCCAGGUGUGUGGUCGUGGAUUCAAGGAACCAUGGUUUCUUAAAAACCACAUGAAGGUGCAUCUGAAUAAGUUGGGCCUUAAAGCUGGACUGGGGAAUAUGGGACCCGGUGGAUCUGAGCAAGCCAAAGGUCCUGCUAGCACACAAGUGUUAGGCGCCCUGUAUUCCAACCUGCUUCUGGCUCGUAGUAUGGCAGGCGGUGGAGGGUCAGGAAGUCACACGGAGAGGUCAGACAGUGGUGCAGGCUCAAGUAAAUCCUCAGUGCUUGGCUAUCUGGGAUUAUCCAAAGACAACAGCAAUGGAAGUUGCAUGGAGCGCCUUCAAGCAGUGGCACAGGUUGCAGAAAUGGGUAACGGAGGAGGAAGGGGAGGCGAGGCAACAGACGGAGCAGACCAGGCAGCCAUGUGGCAGCUGGUUGCUCGAAGUCUGGCAGCAGCACAGAACAACCAACAACAGCAACGAUCCCAAUCACACCACCAGUUUUCUUCCUCACGAGGCACAGUUGCUGGGGAAGCCAAACAAAUGAGGUCCUACCUGGGUGGACUGAGUUCUAGAGAGGAACUGGAGGCCUCUGGUGCACCCUGGGAGUGUCCAGAUUGCGGCAAGCUGUUCCGGAGCCUUCAGCAGGUGGUUGCUCAUGCUCGUGUCCAUGUCCAGAAACCACAGAAAGGUCAAAGUGGCCGGGGAGGCACAUUAACAGAAGAGGAUAUUAUAAACAGAGUGAGUGGAGCUCCAGUACCAAGUGGAGCAGGAGGAGGGCAAAGAGUUAGCGACAGUGAAGGCAGAAGGGAGACAAAGCAUCUGCCAUCAGAGGUGGAGACAGCUGGGAGCUUCCAUUCUGUCAUGUCACAUCUCUCUGGUCAGAAUGGUUUGAGGGGAUCAUCCUCAAGCUCUUCAGCUUCAAGGGAACGUGUUCGGGGAACAGGGAUGAAGGAUUGUCCCUACUGUGGUAAAGCUUUCCGCUCUUCCCAUCACCUUAAAGUGCACCUUCGUGUACACACAGGGGAGAGACCAUACAAAUGUCCUCACUGUGACUAUGCUGGCACUCAGUCAGGCUCCCUCAAGUACCACCUACAGCGUCAUCAUCGCGAGCAAAGGAACGCAAUGGCAAAUUCACCAGACUCCCCUUUAUCUAACCUCCCAUCUUUGACCGGCUCUUCUUGUGAGGGGUUAAAAAAACAACGUCGGCACCCCUCCAUGUCCCAGUCUGCUUUUGGGAGGGUUUCUGGAGAACCUUCUUCCUCCAGGCACAGUCAGUCAUGGACUGUAGGCACUUCAAAGAAGGAUAGUUCCUCUGGGUCUGGACGUCAAAAAGAGGGAGACUUGGAGAGUCAGUAUCUGUCAGGGAUGAUGGGUGCACUGUUCCCCGGUGGUCUAGAAGCAAGUUGGACAGCAGAGGCAACGCCUCCCAAAAUGCCUAAAAUGUCCAGACGGAAGCCCCUUACCACAAGCCGCAUGGUGUCUGCGAAUGGGUUACAGGGUGGGAUUGUGUCCGGUGGUUCUCACGAAGGAGGUUUUGAACCGCUGGAUCUUUCUCGCCGCCCUCUACCAGAUGAUUGGUCAGUGAGUGCCUCUGGAGGUGGAAAGUCUGGUGCUUCUAAAGAAGGAAACAACAUCCUUAAUCAGUGUGUCUUCUGUCCUUUCCGAACCUCUUCUGCGGAGCUGAUGGCUAUGCAUCUUCAGGUUAAUCAUACCAGCAAGUCUCGGCGUAAGAGGGGCAACCCUGCAAACCGUUCUCCAAGACUAACACUGCCUGGGCCCGACCGUGACCCACUGACUCUGUGGAACUUCCUUAAUGCAGAGGAUGGGACAACGUCCCCUGAGGAUUUGCUUUUGUCGAAGGUAAACCACGAGAAUGGAGUCAGUCCAGAAAACAGGGAAACAGAGGAUAGUUUUGAUUCUACCCAUGAGCCUUUGGGAACCUUCGGUGCCACAGAACAGGAGAUUAAAAUUAGGCAGGACCUGGACGAGGAGGAUGAGGAAGAAGAUGAGGAGGAGAAUGACCUGGAAUCAAAUGGCAGCUUUGGAAAUUUACCCCAGUAUCAGGGUAGAAGGGCUCGAUCCGUUUCAUCAGACCUCACGGCUGAGGAUCUGCUCAAGGAGGACAAAUAACAGAUGAGUUUGAUGAAGAUGAAGGCAGGACUUGAGAAUAACUCAUAUCAUUUAGGCCAAGGGCAGACCAGUCGCUAUGCUAACAUACUGUGAAGUAUGUAAUCGUUUAACAAAACCUUCAAAAAUCAUAAAAAAGGCAUUACCCAUAACAGACACACCAGCCCCCUUUGUUUAGCGACCUCGACGUACACAAAGAAAUGUUAUCUCACAGAUAUCCAGUAUUGUAUUCCAGUCUCAGCCUGCCUGUCAAGGAGUCUCUGGGCCUUCUUGAUCACUGUCAAAUUCCUGUUCCUGUCUUGUCAUUGAACACAUUUGCCAAGUUCUAUUUCUAUUUAAACAUUUCUUGCUUUCGUGAAUCUCUCAGUCUCAUCUCAAAACGAACUUGGACCAUCGAGCAGGAGAGACACACUUCUUUAUUACGACAAUGUAUUCAAGCUGAGAGAAAAUCGCCCCAAUGCUCAAUGGAGAUAUAUUGGCAAGAAGGUUCUUGCUACUUUUAUGUAAACUUGAUGCAGCAGUUCGUCUUUAGUAAACCAAAGGAGUGACCACACUUCUUACCAUGCACUUGCUCGACUCUAAACAGAAUGCUGUGAUGAUCGAAUGGUACUUCUGAACCGUCUCUUACAAACUGGACAGAGUAACGUUAUUAUAUGACCAGAUAUCCACACUGCCUGUCUGCUCCAACGGGUCUUCAGAUGUUAUAUAAAACAGAGUUUCUGCCUCUUCUAUAUGCUAUUUCUCUCAGUGCCUGUUGAUGUAAAUGGUUUUUAGCAGAUUCAGAGAACACAGGAAUAUAGUUACAGUAAAUAUAUACAGUAUAUAUGCGUCGUUGUACUAGAGCGUAGAGUUCUGUAUCGAUAUGUUGACACUAGUAUGUGUGACUGUGUCUGCUGUGAAUGAAACAAUGAAAUGAACCCAGAGCACCACAUGUCGGCCAUUUAACAAAGGCCAUAUGUGUUUACAUUACACAUACCACCAGGAUUUUUGGACUGCCAUUACUAUGAAAAAUAAGACCAUGUGGGUCCGAUUUCAGGGUUUGAAACAAAGAAAUGGAGACUCGACAAUAUAACAUUCCUAUUCCUCCUAUAUCUCUCGAACAUCAUAGAGAGGGUGAAAAAACUAUACGGUAUGUCAUUUUUUUAGAUAGUAAAUAGAAAUUUUUCUUUAAAUAUUAAAAACGAUAAAAAAACACUAACAGAUUCAGACAUCCCAGUACAAAAUAUGUAGCUUUUGUAAAGAAAAGAGAUCAAAAGAGCGGAAAAAAUGUGUUGUUGUUUUUUUAAUGUUAAUGAAAAAAGGAUAUCGAAAAGAGUAUUAUAAUAAUUAUGAAAGAAGACAAGAAUGAGAAUGUCCUGAGAUCACUGUGCAAAGUUUACUUUCCCCAACUAGCUUUUGUUUUGCUAUUAAAUGUAGACCAAACUUUAGUUUUUCUUUCCAAAAACGUUUUGCUGCAGGUUCAAAUGGCAACCCCUUAAACAUUUUGUAUGUUUACCAAUCGACGAAUGAAUCAAUCAACAAAUCAAUCAUUUGGUUACACAAUCAAUGUUAAACCUCAUUGAGGAUCUUCAGUGAUAUAUUUAUAUGUUAAUGCUGGGAUCAUGUCCAAGACGUGUCCUGGUAUCAACAUAGUCAGUUAGACUGACCUGCUCGCCAAAUUUUAUUUAAUAUAAUUGUCGACUUGAUUUUAAUGUGAAAUUAGCACAUCGUACAAAGAACGAUCUCCAACUCUGUGAAGUCAUCGAGUCAUCUCAUUUUUAUCGGGUAGGCAGUAGUGCAGUGUUUUGUCUAGCCUUAAUUUGUGAAACGUGCAUUAUUGUGUUCUUGUUUUGUACGUAUGAUUUCGGUAGCCCCUGAUGUGGCGUUCCUUUAAGAUAACAGUCAAGCCACUGUGCCUUCUGUCCUGAGCACUUCCUCAAGUAUUUUGUAAGCUCACCAAAAGCACUUAGCCCCUACUGUAUCUCUUCGUAUGAUUUGGUGACCUUGUUUCUUCUCUGUAUCUGAUUCUCUGUUUUGUCGAGACGUCGGAUGCGGAGGUCGUUUUCAUUUCAUUAUAAUCCGUGUCAUUGCAUCAUUUAUGGUCGUGUGUGCGGUUUCCCCUCCCUUAGCAUGUGAAUCACUAAAAAGCUGACAUAGUAUUUAGCUCUGAGGCCUUUUUUAGAAGUUAUCUUAUUUUCUAUGUUACUUUAUUGCCGAUGAGAUAAAAUCAAGCUCUUCUGCUCACAAUUAUUAUUCGUAUUUGUUUUAUGAAAAAAAUCUUUAAGCAAACAAAAACGUGAACAAAAUGUGUCUCUUGAAUGUUGUACAGAUAGAAAUAGAGAUGUUGUGUUUUUAAUGAGAGAUCAAACCGACCCGCCUGCUCUCCAUCACUUCAUCCGCAUCAGUGUAGAUUUGACGUUUUUUUUUUAGGAUGGCCUAACUGUCUAGAAGUAUCAGGGCAAUAGUUUGUGUCUGUGUGUCUGUGCACAUUGAUGGUCUUAAAAAAGCAUAUUUUGUAGAAAUAUACUGACACUGUGAAACUAAGUACCACUUGCAUUAAAAGUAUUUCCAAACAGUGGCAUGCUGCUCAAAUCUUCACGUAUGACAUGCAUUGUUUUUUUUCCUCGAGUGCUAAGUGUUGUCCAGUGAAAGAGGAGAGAUGAAGAGAAGGUCGUGGUUUGAUCUUUUCAGUAGCUGACUGUUAUUGAUGUCAGGGGAAGAUAAUCUAACAUAGUAGUGACUAAUAUGAAAUUGUGGAUUGAGAAAAUUCAGUAGAGAAGAAUCAAUAAAAUACAAAAAACAA